AUGCUUGCGAUACCAUUAUUGUUGUGGGUGCAUGAGGCACGAGCCUCUCUAGCGAAGCCUGGUUGCCAGGAGAGAUGUGGUAACAUAACUGUCCCAUAUCCAUAUGGCAUGGGGACCGGUUGUUUCUUGAACACAUCAUUUGCAGUCUCGUGCAAUGAAUCAUCACCACACAUUUCUCCUCUUCGGUUUGUAAAUAAUGAUCAAUUCCCAAUUUCUGAAAUCUCCAUGGACUCCAUACGUAUAGUUGGUAUGGUACCUUUCACAUGUCUUAAUUAUACCGCAACAACCAAAGCAAGUGCUAAAAGAUUUCAACUCGACCCACACUUUCGAUAUUCACAUACAAAAAAUGUCUACAUAGCAGUGGGGUGUAACAUAUCUGCUAGUUUUCAAACAGUGAGUCCCUCGCAUUUCAGAAAAGCUAGAUGCGCUUCUCGUUGUAUUGCAACCCCUACCAGUGGAUUUUUCGCAUGUAAUGGCUCAAAUGGUUGCUGCCAAAGUAGUAUCCCAGUCGAAACCAAUGCAUAUAAAGCUGUAAUCUCCAAUCAUGGCCUCGAGGCCGCAUGCAGUCAUGCAUUCAUCGCUGAAAAGAACUAUACUCUAGAAAAAUAUUUGUAUGGCUAUACAGAAAGUUCAUACCAGUUUCCGGUGGUCUUAAAUUGGGUUAUAACACUAACCAGUUGCCACCGAACUCAACUAAGAGGAAGCUGUUUGUGUGGCAAGAACAGUCAGUGCAUCGACUCAGCCAAAGGUCUGGGACAUAACUGCCGCUGCAAGAAUGGCUACGGAGGGAACCCUUACCUUCGCACUGGAUGUCAAGGUUUAACCGGGUCUAUGUUUUCUGGAUCCUCAAAAAUAGAUAUCAACGAGUGUCUUAUUCCAGGCAACUAUCCUUGUAGAGAGGAUCAGCUUUGCGUUAAUACACCUGGGAGCUACAUGUGCACUUCCUCACGUCGCCACAUAUUAAUUGUCUCAGUUAUUAUUGUAUCUGUGAUUGGAAUCUUUGGCUUUGGUGCUAUUGGUCAUUACGCAUAUAAGGAAAUUGGCAGAAGAAAGGAAAAUAAGAUCAAACAGGAGUUCUUCAAAAGGAAUGGUGGAUAUCUAUUAAAGCAGCAUAUCUCUGCUAAUAAAUCACAUGUAAUGAGAUUAAAAGUUUAUGCUGCCGAAGAGAUAGAGAAGGCUACGGACAGUUUUAGUCAAAGCCGGUUACUUGGAAAGGGGGGACAAGGUACAGUGUAUAAGGGUUUCUUGACAGAUGGAACCAUUGUAGCCAUAAAGAGGUCAAACGUAGUAGAUGAAGACCAGGUAGAACGAUUUGUUAAUGAAGUUUUCAUUCUUUCACAGAUAAACCAUAGGAAUAUAGUUAAGUUGUUAGGUUGUUGCUUGGAGUCUGAAGUCCCAUUAUUGGUAUAUGAGUAUUUAUCCAAUGGCACCCUCUCACAACAUCUUCAUGAUGGGGCAGAAGUUUCCAAAUUUUCAUGGAAAGAUCGUAUACGAGUGGCUAGGGAUGUUGCAGGCGCACUAGCCUAUUUGCACUCAUAUGCAUCCCCAGCCAUAUUCCAUAGGGAUGUUAAGCCACAUAACAUCUUGUUGGAUGAGAACUACAGAGCUGUAGUCUCUGACUUUGGACUUUCAAGGUCGAUUUCUCUCAGCAGAACUCAUCUAACUACAAAAAUUGAAGGCACAUUUGGAUACUUGGAUCCAGAGUACUUCCGGUCGGGGCAACUUACUGAAAAAAGUGAUGUUUACGCCUUUGGUGUAGUGCUUAUGGAGCUCUUAACCCGAAGAAAAGUUGUGUCCUCAACAAACUGUGGUGAAGGUCUGGUUUCACAUUUCCAGUUCUUAGUCAAGCAGAACCGUGUGCUUGAAAUUUUAGACCAGCAAGUUCUAGAUGAAGCUCUGAUGGAUGAUAUAUUUCUGGUCACUAUGCUUGUUAAGACAUGUAUGAAAAAGAAUGUGAAGGAAAGACAAAACAUGAAAGAGGUGGUCAUGGGUUUAGACAAAUUAAAAGUAGUACAACUUGACCUUCCUAGUAACGGUUUAUAA